UAAUUCCUUUCUCUCCUUCUUCUUGCCUUCCUUUACUCUAUCUCCACGUCUCUCCGCAGUCCUCUCUCUUAGAAAAUGUUAUCCGGUUUUUGAUUUUUUCCAGAAGGGUUUUUAGGUUAAAGGAUAGUAGUCUUGUUUUUGUUUCAGAAAGGGCUUUACUUUCUUCAUCGAUUGCUACAUUCCUUGGGUGAAGUUGCAGAAAGGAAAGAGCUAUGGCGAAGUGCAGGCCCUUGGGGUUCUUGAUUAGCUUGCCUUUUGCAUUGCUUUCAUUGAUUCUAAGCCUUGUCGGUGCCGUUGUUUGGGUCAUCGGGUCUUUCUUGAGCUGCAUUUGCCCUUGUUGCAUUUGUUGCACUGGAUUGGUGAAUAUGGCUGUAAGUCUGGUGAAGCUGCCUGUGAAGAUCAUCAGAUGGUUUACUGAUCAGAUACCUUGCUGAUGAUUCUUGGUAUUCUUGGCGCUUUCCUUAGCUCAUUUUGGGAACCACGGGGACAUUGGUGUGACCACUUUAUAUAUAUAUAUAUAUAUAUAUAUAUAUAUUUACUGAUUAGCUAAAUCAGCAUAAGGUAGAGCCAAGAAUGCUGUUCUUCUUAUUAAGAGUUUCAUUCCUUGAAUCCACUCAUGCACAGCAUCAGAGUUGUUUGGAUAUAUCCGCAGUAGCAAUAAACAGCUUUUAGCGACUUGAUUGUAAUUGCUUCAUGGCAUAAAUGUUCUACUUGAAGAUCUAAAGUGUUAGCGCCAUCAAGUUGGUAUGAAUUUAUUUUGUUAAA